AUGCCUAGUCACUGUGACUACAUACCUAGUCCCAGUGGUUACAUAUCUAGUCCCAGUGGCUACAUACCUAGUCCCAGUGGUUACAUACCUCGUCCCCGUGGUUACAUACCUAGUCCCAAUGGCUGCAUGCCUAGUCCCAGUGGCUUCAUACCUAGUCCAAUGGGCUACAUACAUAGUCCCCAUGGUUACAUACCAAGUCCCAGUGGCUGCAUGCCUAGUCCCAGUGGCUUCAUACCUAAUCCAAUGGGCUACAUACAUAGUCCCCAUGGUUACAUACAUAGUCCCAGGGGCUACAUACGUAGAUCCACUGGUUACAUACCUAGUCCCAGUGGCAACCUACGUAGUCUCAGUAGCUGUAUACCUAAUUCCUAUGGUUACAUACCUAGUCCCCGUGGUUACAUACUUAGUCCCAGUGGCUACAUACCUAGUCCCAGUGGCU